AUGACUUUCACUCUGGAUAUUGCCAGAAUUACAGGCAAGUUUGCCAAAUUACUUGCAGCUCAUAUUCUGAAAAACUCUGAUGUCGCUGUCCCUGGCCACUGUCGCACCCCGAGCAAGGUUCCAGAGACAAUUGGCCUCUUCGCCUCAUUUGACUCUCAUCAAGGGCGACGCGUUUAA